AUCUAAGUUUUAUUCAGUCACAGUGUAUAUCUAUUGUAUUAUUUGUUAUUCGAUAUAUUUGUAUAGAGAUAUAUAACGUAAGAUUUCAUUCCUAAACUCGACUUGAAUAGAAACACAAGGAGUAAAUCCAAAAAUGUCUUGGGGAUAAGGUGAAGGGAUUAGUAUUGAAAUAGUAAGUGGGCUACCUGUGUUUCACUUAAUUAUAAAAAUUAUAAAUUCCUUCACAAAAGAUGGUUAAAAGGGGAGCUUUAUCUUUAGUCAUAAUUUUAUCUGUGUCGCUUAAUUUUAUACUCGUUUAGCUAUAAAACACGUUCUUCUUUUCGAAAGAGCGCUAGAUAGUAAUGCAAUCGUCAGGGAAAAUUCCCUGGUGAUUCACGCGUGGAUGGUGUGACAAAGGUCACCUUUCUUAAUCCAGUUAGCGCUUGGCAUGGGGAAUCACCUUAAUAUUCCAAGAAAAUGAGCAGGACUUUGACCUGAGUAACCUGCAGAAUGAUUGGUUGUAUAAACGGUACUUUCCCUAGAUAUGGACCAAUCCGAGAGCGACACGAGCAAAAAAAUAGAGAGAAAAUUGUCCUUAAAAUCUUAGACAUUCAUACUCUUGUUUUAUUGACAUUGUGACCAGAAUGGUAGUUAUCAAAAUCAGUAUGUUUUGGGCUGCCUUUCUUUUUGUAAUUUUCUCUUCUCAUUCGAAUGGCUUACCCAGCAAUAAAGCCGUUCCACUAUUGAGUUAUAACGAAAUAACGAAAAAAUUCGAACUCAAUUCGGCCGGAGUAGCCUUAAUCAGCAGCUUGGCGAAGCCGAUUCAAGUCACCUCGGCCGUUGGAGAUGCACGGGUCGGGAAGUCCACGUCUUUAAACAUGGUACAUCAUCUCUGGAAUGAAACUAAAGACAAUAACUUCAAGGAAAUUUUUGAGACAGGCUCAACAUUUGUGCCAGUGACUCGCGGUGUUUGGAUUUCUGUCAUUCACGGAAAAGAGAGAAUGGAACGUGUGUUGUUGGACGUGGAGGGUACGGAUCUGGGUAACGAUGCCGUUACUGAUCAUCUUAGUAUAUUCACAGCCUUGAUGUCAUCGGGUAUGACUUUUUUCAUGAAGGACGCUGUCAAGACCCAUGCAAUUGACUUUCUUUACCGAGUUUCUCGUCUGAGCGAGCAUAUUUUCAAAGAUGAAGCCAUAAAGUAUUUCCCUCGGUUGAGGGUGGUUUUAAGAGGAGCUCUUGACACCCCAGAUGGAAUAAGGAUGGAUGAGUAUGUGAAAGACGCACUUAUAUCACCAACUUGGAAAGACGGGUCGGACGACAAGAGAAAAGCCAUUGGUAAGCACUUCCCUCGUGACCACAUCGAAGUGAGCACGAUAGAAGCACUACAAAACAGGAAAAUCUUUAAGAAUUUUGACCUGUUGUCCAAAAAUGCCGAGUACAUGUUGUCCAUUCAUCAACUAGCAAACGACCUUAAUAAGUUCCAUAUCAAGAAGACCUUGAGUGGAGGAAUGAUGGAUGGAGCAACGCUUGCAGAGCUCGCGAUAAAGCUAACGGAAACGAUGAAUUCCGGGAAAUGGCUUGAUUUUGGAAACGUUUACUUGAUGGUAGAAAAGCAUCUUUGUGACAGGCGCUACAAGGAAAUCGUUCAGCCUCAAAUCGGUGGUAAUUCAACUUUGAUUAAGCGUUUCCUAGAGGUUGGGUUUCUUAAAUAUGAACAAGAAUGUGCACUAAAGGACUAUGUGAACGCAACGAAAUCGGAACUCAAGAGAAUUGCAAACAUGAAGGAGGAGCUAGAGGAGAAACAGCGAAAGCUUGAAAAAGAGACCAAGAAAAGAAUAGAGGAGGAACAAAAAAGAAUCAAAGCACAAGAAAAUUUCGAACAAGAAAAAGAGAAAAUGGAAAAAGAAGUUGACGAGGCCAAGAAAAAUAGCGAAAAUAUCCAACAAGAGGCAAACAAAUGGGGAGAAAAAUAUCGUGCGAUGAACGCAGAAAUUGAACGUCUGAACAACGAAGUAAAAAGAGCUUACAAGGAGUUAGAAGAUAUGCAGGACGAUGGAGGAUUCUUUGGCUUCUUGAGUUCUGUUGUUGACACUGUAAUUAAGAUCGUUCUAGAACCGGUAAGGCCACUUCUCGGGAACAAUAAUUAGUGAAUAUCUAUAGCAUGCUGCUAUUUGAAUCAUUUUGUCUUUGCGCGGUGCACCCCCAGAAUAUAUGAUUUACUUUAUUUUUAUAAAUGUUAAGACACUUGCUUUCUGAUUGGCUUCUUGUCUGUGUUAUGAGUCGAUAAAGGGGUCAUGAUUUCGUAAGUGACUCCCGCGGUGAGUAGUUCUCACACAGGACGCCCAAGCAGGGUACCGGAUUGUACUAAUGAUUUGUAUAGACAAGUGAAUACGUUAAGUAGUUUUUGUCAUUAGCAUACCAUUUAUUUGCA